CCAUCGCUCCCUCUCUCUUUAAUCUCAUUCUCUCUGCCACUGUGACCACCCCGUCUCUCUCUCUCUCUCCAUCUCUACAAUGUUGUCCGUCUCUUAUCCACAUUGUGAUUUCUCUCUCCCCCCCUCAUUCCCUGACGGUGGGUGAGGAUUAAAAGCCGCCCCUUCCCUCUGAUUGGAGGCGGUGGGCUUUGCAAGUCGCCGAGGGGUUCCUCAGCUCCCGGAAGCCCCCUCUGAUUCCUCACCCCCCUCCCCCCCCCCCGCCUCUCUGGGACCAGACUCCGCACACAUUUGGGGGGACGGGAGUCGGUUGGGUGGUGGGGCGGGGGUGUACCGAUCGCCCAGACUCCCCCUUCUCUUCCCCCCCCCCCCAAUCCCUCUCUGUGGAGAAAGGUGGGAGGGGCUCUGUGGCGGGGAGUCACCAUUACUCCUCCCAUCCAGGGGAGGGGAGAAGAUUUAGAGAGUGUGUCUGGCUGCCUCUGUAUGUAUGUGUGUGUUGCGUCUACUCUCCCCGACACUGCAGAGCAGCGACCGCCGACUUCCCGAUCAGUGGCUCCACUCCUGAUGUACCUUCCUUGGGAUCAAUGGCUCGGCGUUGGUGAACCGCUGGCAGGUUGAGAGCGAGGGGGGAGAGAGAGAGACACACACACACACACACACACUGCGCCAAGGCAGAUGAACGGGGAGCUCCAAGACUUGCAAUGUGGAGCCGCUUCCAAAUGACACGGCGCUGAUCGCAGCUCGCCGCGCCGCCGGCAAGGGCUUGGAAUCCCGUCUCCGCGUGUUCCUCGCCCCCCAACCUCCUCUCCUGUCUCCUCUUCGCUCUUCCCCCCUCUCCUCCUUUAUCCCCCAUCGUUUUCCCCUUUACUCCCUCCUUUCCCCACUCCCUCCUUUCUUUUUACCUUCCUCCCCUCCCUCACCUCUCCUACCCUCGCCCUCUCCCUCCACCAGACGACAAUGCUGCCGCGGAGAUUCCGGGUGCUGAUCGUUACCGUCUUCCUGGUCGCCUGCACCAUGCACAUCCUGACCGACUUGCUGCCCCGGUUGGAGAGGAGGUCGGCGGGGGGAUCCGCCGCCGGGCCGGGGGCGGGAGGAGGUGGUGCAGACGCCGGCUGCCCCUGCCAGCACCGUGCGGCGGGCUGGAACAAGCACACCCUGCGCAUCCUGCAAGACUUCAGCAGCAGCGACACGGCGCCGGCCGCCAACCGCAGCGGCAAGCGGCUGGUGUCCGAGGGCGAGCCCCGGGCCGCCGCUCACAGCCGUCCCUCCAAACUGGCCGCUCUCCUGCGGCACCCGCUGUACCAGAGGCCGGCGCCGGCCCUCCGCCCGCCGGACAUCCUUUUCAACGUCAACACGGACAUCAGGUUCAACCCCAAGGCCAGCGACCCCCGAAACUGGGCUAACGAAGAGGAAGGUGACCUUUCAGCCCCCACUGAAACCUCUAUUGACUCAUACCCCAACUGGUUAAAAUUCCACAUCGGGAUAAACCGUUACGAGUUGUAUUCUCGACACAAUCCGGCAAUCGAGGCUUUGCUAGGGGAUCUGGCUACUCAACAGAUCUCCAGUGUAGCGAUGAAAUCUGGAGGCACACAGUUGAAACUCAUCAUGACUUUCCAAAACUACGGGCAGGCUCUCUUCAAACCGAUGAAGCAAACCAGGGAGCAGGAGACACCUCCCGACUUCUUCUACUUCUCCGACUAUGAACGGCACAACGCGGAGAUUGCUGCCUUCCAUCUGGACAGGAUUCUGGAUUUCCGACGUGUGCCCCCGGUUGCCGGGAGACUGAUCAACAUGACGAGGGAAAUCCGAGACGUGACGCGUGACAAGAAGCUCUGGAGGACCUUCUUCAUCUCGCCAGCCAACAACGUCUGCUUCUACGGAGAGUGCUCCUACUACUGCUCCACCGAGCACGCUCUGUGCGGGAAGCCCGACCAGAUCGAAGGAUCGCUGGCCGCCUUCCUGCCAGACCUGGCCCUGGCCAAAAGGAAAACUUGGAGGAACCCGUGGCGGCGCUCUUACCACAAACGCAAGCGGGCAGAAUGGGAGGUCGAUCCUGACUACUGCGAGGAAGUCAAACAAACCGCACCUUACAACUCCGGCACACGGCUCCUCGACCUCAUCGACAUGACUAUUUUUGACUUUCUCAUGGGUAAUAUGGAUCGGCACCAUUACGAAACCUUUGAGAAGUUUGGAAACGAUUCAUUUAUUAUCCAUCUGGACAAUGGAAGAGGGUUUGGCAAGCAUUCUCAUGACGAGCUUUCCAUCCUGGUGCCACUGAGCCAGUGCUGUCGAAUCAAGCAAUCGACCUACCUUCGACUGCAGCUCCUGGCGAAGGAAGAGUACAAGCUGAGCGACGUGAUGGCAGAGUCGCUGAUGCAGGACAAACUCUCGCCCAUUCUGAUCGAGGCCCACCUGAAAGCAAUGGACAGGAGAGUGAGGAUCAUUUUAAAGAUGGUCAGUGACUGUGUGGAAAAAGAAGGUCACAGCAACGUGGUGGCAAAUGACAUGGACUUCGAAACCAAUUUAGCCUUCACCAACAGGUAGUAGAGGGACCCAGAAAUUUCCCUCUCUUUUUUACUCGUCUAAGUGAGAAAUAGAAAGUCUUGCAGAGACUGGUGAUCUAUGUUACUUUUUGAAUUCAGUGAAUUCAGAACAGAGAUGUAAUUGUUCCCAAAUAUGUAAAGUAUAGACUCCAUCGCAGAUGAUUAUAAUUAAAAGUUUCUAAGUUAAGGCACUUAUUUGUUUUUUUUUCACAAUGGAAUCCAAUCCUAAAAUGUGAAUACUGAACAGUUGUGCAAUCCCAAAACAGAAGAAACGAAAGACUUUAAAAUAUAUAAAUCUUUAAAUAUAUAUAAAAAUAAAAAAAGGACUCUUCCCGAUGUGUGAAAACUUGAAAGUUGGUUGCAUUGCUUUGAGCAAACUGAGCUGGCUUUUGAGGACAAGUGACAACGAUGGUGUGGGGAAUCUUCUCGACAGUUCACUGGAUACCAGCUUUGUUCUUAAUUCUUGGUGUACAGGUAGGGACGGCGUGGCUGCAAUUCGUGGCUCCGGCCUAUCCCUUUAGCGAUGUUCCUCGGUUUUACUUUUGUGGUAAUUGUUUUGCGACCUGGUGAAAGUGCAAUAAAGGUAUUGGCAACAA